AUGUUAAGCCGUGAAAAAAAAUCUCUUCGCCAGAUUGCCCAUCAUCUGGACAGCGUCAUUCUGGUUGGAGAUCAGGGCGUAACCUCGGGCGUCGAGCUGGAAACUGAGCGCGCUUUAAAAGAUCAUGAGCUGAUCAAGGUGAAAAUUUCCAUCAGCGACCGGGAAGCCAGAGACCUAGCAGCUCAUGCUCUUGCUGCGACCUGUCAUGCUGAAAUCGUGCAGCGUAUCGGCCGGGUUUUUGUGUUCUAUCGGGAAAACCCGAAAGCCAACCCCAAGUUAUCCAACGUUAAACGCUUCGCUUGA